UUUGGAUUGAAACGGACAAAAAUGGAUAUGAAUAUGAUGGAUAUGCCUGGGAUGAAUAUGGGGUCUGGGGCGGCGACAACAGCGAGCACGGAUAACAUGGAUAAUAUGGCUGGGAUGGAUAUGGGAUAUAUGAAUGACAUGAUGAAGUCGUACUACCAUCUCGGCUAUCAGGAGUACGUCCUGUUUUUCCAGACCAGAACUUUGUCAGUAGGAGCGAUGAUCGGCGCGUGCUUUAUUGUUUGGGCCAUCGCCAUUUUUUACGAGGGGAUCAAGUUUGUGCGCGAGCUGCUCUACCAAAACAGGGACAAAAACUUUGCCAGCAGAAAGGGCAUCAUCAACCAAAGUUUCGAUGAUCCUUCCAAGUCCAACGAUGAAAAGUCAGGCUCGUCAAAAAGCUCCUUGUCUUCUAGACGCCGAUUCUGUGACUGGGGUCACUUCCUGCAGACGUUCCUCCACAUCAUCCAGAUCUUCGUCUCCUACUGCCUCAUGCUCAUCGUCAUGACCUUCAACGUCUGGCUCUGUCUGGCCGUGUUUCUGGGAGCAGGGACCGGGUACUUCAUCUUCGGCUGGAAGCGGAGGGACAGUGAAUCCAACGAGCAUUGCUGUUGACGUUCAAAGAACGGAAGUUGAUCCUUUAAAGUUAAAGUAUCUCAGUUUGAAUAUUUGUUUAUGAAUUAAUGUUGAAAAAAACGUUUUGGUUUAUGUUAUUUAAAAGAAUGAUGGGGUAACGUGUGGUAAAUAAAUAAAACUUAAAAUUGAUGGGAAAUGAAUGUUAAGCUUUAACACUGAUUCAUUCUGUUGUACAAUUUUAAAAUUAAAAAUAAUUACUGACGAAAAAGUCAUAAAGCGGAUGUUAGAAGAAUUUGCCUACAUUUUUGUGUAGAUUAUACAUAAAGGAAAAAUAAAUCUAUAUUAGAAGUUACGAUUUAUAAUUUUGUUAUCUUUGUUUAUGCUAUUAUAAAAUCCGUUUUCCUUUAAUUACCCAUUUUAAGUCGUAUUUUUGUUUUGUAAAUAAACACUAAUACUCUAGAAGGGCAGAUAACCGUUUACCGUCUGCUGUCUUCAACACACCUCACAAUAAUUCUGCCUAUAACAAUGUCAGCAAUGUGUACAGAUUUCAGUGAAAGUUUUUUUUAAAAAUAUUUUCGAGAUUUUUU